AUGCAGACACUAACUGUAAAAAGGAAAGUUGAUAACCUUAGGGCAGCAUUCAGGAAGGAAAUGAGGAAGGUUCGUGACAGCACAAGAAGCGGAGCUUCCGCAGAUGAUACGUACACCCCAACUCUGUGGUAUUUCGAGCUCAUGAAGUUCACCGCAGAGCAGGAGCAGCCUCGAAAGACCAAGAGCAAUUUGGACGAGGACGAAGAAAAUAUUAUUGAAGAGGAAGGCAGUAUUGUUGAGGAGGAAUUAAACGAAGGAGAUGUGAACAAUGGUGAUAACGAACAAACUUUGAAUAAGGGUUCUCCGUCAACAGCUGCAAAAAGAAGAAAAACGUCGCCAAAAAAGAACAAAACCAAAAAUGAUAGAGCUGAAGAGGAACGGCGCCAGCGUAAGGCUAUUCUAGAAAAGGCUUCCGCUGUACUUAAUCAACCCGAGGACGACUACAACGACCUAGGUAAAACGUAUGCAGCGAAAUUGCGCCGCAUGCCUGCUUCCCAAAGAGACAUUGCGGACAAGUUGAUAACUGAUGUUCUUUUCAAAGGGCUGCAGAACAAUUUAACAAAUUCCACAGUUAUUAUGGAUUAUGGAAAUUCAACUACUAGUUCCUGGCGUGUGAGAUACACCUUCUCCAUAUGGUGCCUCAAACAAUUCAACUUACACCCCAUCUUCGACUCCUGA